AACAACCGUCAUAAAUUUCUCAUUAUCUGUAUGAAAAUAUAAUUUUCUUGAAUAAUUUCUACUAAUGAACUAAAACAAUAAUAUACUAAUAAAAAUACUAAUUAUAAUUAUAUAAUUACACCUGAACGUAAUUGCGUAGGGGGUCCAUGCGGUAGAGUAACGCCGAAGACAUGAUGAACAGGCAAAUCUGCUGGACGAUUUUCCUGAUGUGUCUGCUAACUAGAAGUUUAUAUUGCGUACCAAUACCAUCAGAGAAAGCAUCAGACACUGUGAAGGAUGUAGACACAGCUGAUGAUGAAGAUGAAAACGAAGAUUCCGAAUCUGGAGAUAGUGAUUCUGGGAGUGGUAGCAAAAAAGACGACGUAACAGAAGGAACAGAAUCUUCAGACGAACCUGAGGAAGCGGAAAGUGAAGGCGAUAAGAAAGAUGAAGAAAGUUCAAAGAAAGACGCCGUUGAAGAUGAAAAAGAUGAUAAUAAUGAAGAAGAAAAUGAAGAACAGAAAGAAGAAAAAAAAUCGGAAGAGCCUGAAAAUGAUGAAAAAUCGGAAGAUGAUGAUGAAAAAGAUGAGUCUGCAAGUAAAAAAGAAGAAGUUCCUUCUUCAAUUCCGGAAGAUGAUGAUGAUUCUAGUGUUGAGGUUAAUAAAGAAGAGGAUGAGGAUGACGACGACAAAAAGUCAACUUUAAAGAAAAGAGAUGGGGAUUAUGGACAUGAAGAUCACGGAGAAGAACACGGACACCAUGAACAUGAACACGGACACCAUGAACAUGAACAUGAACACCAUCAUCAUGGUCAUCAUCACGGUUUUGUGCAUGAGUGGGGACAAGAAGAGGGAGGUGAGCAUCAUGGACAUGAAGGACAUGGUCACCACGAGCAUGAGCACGAACAUGAACAUGAACACGAGCACGAACAUGGACAUGGAGGCCAUGAAAUGGGUGGCCAUAUGGGUGGUGGUUACGGAGGUGGUGGCUAUGGAGGUGGUGGCUAUGGAGGUGGUGGCUAUGGAGGUGGUGGCGGCGGUAUUGGUGGUGGUGGCUACGGAGGUGGAGGUUAUGGUGGUGGUAUAGGUGGAGGACACCAUGGUGGUUAUGGGGGAGGCGACGGUGGUGGUGGCUACGGUUGGGGUGGCCAUGAAGGUGGAGGUGGUUAUGGAUGGGGGAAAUCAGCAAUGCCUCCAGUCCCAAUGGCUUAUCAUUGCAGAGACAUGGUCAACAAAGGUGGUCAAAAUACACAAACUAAACGAUUUUGCGUACCAAUUGGCUACCAUGGUGGAUAUGGCUGGCCAUAUUGGCAUGGUUAUCCAGGAGUAGGCACUGGAUUGUAUGGCUGGGGUUGGCCGUGGCAUAAGUCCAAAGUUGCAAAAAAUGGAGAUACGAAAGAAGUAGACGCUUCAGAAGACAAGGAAAAAAACAAAAGUAAAAAUAAACAAAGAGAUACCAUUGAGCGAGCUGCGAAGAAACAAACUGUCCAUGUCGGCUAUGGUUAUGCAAGUGGCGACAACUACCGGUUAGGUUAUCAAGAAGGAGGCAUGGGCGGAUUAGCUUCUUCUUUCUCCGGUAACCUUGAAGGGCAUGGCAUGGGAGCUGCUCACGGACUGGGAGCAGUUCAUGGUAUUGGUGGUGAUGGACCGGACAGUAUUGAUGGUUCAGACCAUUAUAAGAAAUCUGUUAUGCCAAUAAUAAACAACAGGAAUCGACUAGGCUCAAAAAGACACUUUCCUGGAAUGCACAGCAUGGGAGAUGGAUUUGGUAAUGGCAUGAUGCAUGGAAGUGCAACACCUUACGGCCAUCCAGUAACUCAUCCUGGAUUUACUACUAUGGCAUACCCUGGAGAAGCAUUAGCUUCAGCAGAUGUUCGAAAUACCAUAAAUCAUCCAAAAGUAAAACGCCAAAUCUUUGGUCAGGAACCACAACCUGAUCCAGGAAUGUUUCAACAGAUGGGUGCUGGUAUGAAUGGUCCAAGCAUGGGUGGGGGAAUGGAAGAAGCACCGCCACAGAUGGACCAACAAGGUAGUCAGGGCUUCCCAGGAAUGAUGUCGCAAUCGCCUGAACCAGAAGGUAUGCCAAUGGGAAUGAAUCAAGAAGAAAUGGGAGGUUCAAUGCGAUCUAUGCUUCCACGCUUUCCAGGUGAUCCAUCCAUGCAAACAUUUCAACAAAUGGCAGGAUUCAAUCCUGGCUACAGGGGACGACGAUAUGUCUCCGUUCAAGAAUAAACAACAUUAUGAGAUAGGAUAGUUAUUAAGGAAUGCUGAUGGUUAUAGAACUGACUUGUAUUUUAUAAAAAUGCAUCACAACACAACACCACACAAGAAAUGUACAAAUGUACAAAGAUAAAACAAUAGACACUUCUACAUUAAAAGCAAAACAGUAUGCUGUUAUUAAAGAAGGCAACCGGGGUGUCCAAGGUGUUCUCAAUAAUUCAAGAUGUUUAUGUUGACCAUCGUUAACAUUUGGGUCUGGGUGUUAGUUUAGAGUGCGUGUUUUCCCAAAUCUAUCAGUUACCUGUUAGGAUAUCUUUUUAUAUUUCACAUAUACGUGUACAUGUUAUAGUUUAAUAAAUUAAUAAUAAUUAUUAAUGAAUUACUA